UUAAUUUUGAUUCAUGCUUAUUUGUUCAUUUACCUCAUAGAUUGCAGCCAUUUUACAGCCAUUGUACCGCUGCAUUGAACAAUAAGUUAGGUACUUGAUAUUAUCAACCUGAUUAAUUUAGUAACAAGAUCACCUCCCGCAUUUUUAAUUUAUCAUAUUUUGUUGAUUGCCCAUUCAAUAUAGAUAUUUGGUAUUUAGAUAUCUAAAGAUCUAUGUAAUUGGUGUCACACAUAGCUAAGCUAUCGGUAAUCCCCUUUAAUCCAUUUUUGGAUAUGACGAAAACACGCUACAAUUCUAUAUUUGAAAGGUCGGCGCAACGGAAUAUACCCAGUAGGUACCUACUCAGCCAGUGCAUAUCGACUACCUGAGAUUUUAUUUGUUUACCCUACAACUGAUGAAAGUAAAAUGAACCUAAUCGAUUUAGUCCAAUGAUAAACAACUUCGUGUACAAGAAAAUAUUAAGCUUACUCGUGAUUGGUCGGCGUCGAAGUGACUUGUAUGUCACUCCACACUUUUAAUGCAACGGCCAUAAUUUAUUUGCCAAUGAAAUUGAGUUGGAUCAACGGUGAAAUAUUCGAGUUUUUCAUUUCACAAAGGAUAAAUUCGUUGUGUUAGCUGUUAAAUUUUAAUUUCUAGUCGUUUUUUGUUGUUUGAUAUUUAAUUGUGAUGGCUAAAAGAAUGCUGAAUAAGAAAAGAAAACAAAAGAAACAAAAAAAACAAAAGAAGAUUUUAUGCACGAGUAAAUACAGGGUAUCUUUUUGCAUCCGCGUUCUGUUAUUCUUCGGCAUACCGAUAUUUUACUUUCUUGUGAACUCACAUAAUGCAACUGUCGAAGAGGAUAACUCAGGUCUGGAACCUAGUCUUGCAUCUCGCCACCUGUUGGGACUAAUUGAACAAGGAAAUAAAAAUUGCACGCCGCCAGCGAUAUUAGAAUUUCCUUCUGAUGGCCUGAAUAGAUCCCAAAGACAGCACGGAUUUAUACUGAUUCAUUGCGUGUUGGCCGUGUACUGUUUUUUACUGCUGGGGAUCAUCUGCGAGGAUUACUUUGUGCCUUCGUUGGAAAUAUUAUGUGAACGUUUGAACAUGAAAGCUGAUAUUGCCGGAGCAACGUUCAUGGCUGCAGCCAGUUCAAGCCCCGAGCUCUUCAUAAACUGUAUAGGCACCUUCGUGACACAGGGAGAUCUUGGUGUGGGCGCCAUAGUGGGUUCGGCGGUGUUCAAUGUCCUUGCUGUGCCCGCUUGCUGCGCUCUGUUUGCUGGCAGGGUGGUAGAAUUGGAUUGGUGGUCUGUCUCCCGAGAUUGCAUGAUGUACGCGGUGGCGGUCGUUGUCCUGAUCUUUACUCUACUGGAUGACAAAGUGUAUUGGUACGAGGCUUUGUUGCUGGUUGUGCUGUACACGUUCUAUAUUCUUAGUAAGUAUUUAUUUUCUGACUAUACUCACUUUAAUCUUUGAAUGAUAUGAGUACCUAUCUAAGAAGAUUUAAUCAAUCACAUGGGGAGCUUUUCUGAUUUAUUGAAUUUAUCAGAGAUGAUUAUAAUAUGGUAAUAAUGCGUAAAACCUAUUGUAAUAAUGAGUUAUCAUUGUAUCGUAAAUAGAUCUUCUAAGAAUCAUGCUUGGUAAAAAACAAA